AUGUGGCUGAGAGAUCUCCUUCCGCACGAUGUACCCGAAGCGAGGGUUUUGACCUUUGAGUAUGACUCAAAAUGGCUCAAGGAUCCGUCUCUAGUCAGCCUCCGAGACUGCGCAGACAGGCUGAUUGAGAGCGUCCUUUGGGACCGAACUCACCUGGGAGAGACGAAAGCACGUCGCCCCCUGAUUCUUCUCGGCCACAGUUUCGGCGGUCUAGUGGUAAAAAUGGCUUUGGUUAGAGCUGCGGCGGUCCAACGGAAUGACUCCAGAUACGACAACUAUCAGUCCUUUCUUCGGUCGGUUGCUGGGGUCCUUUUUCUGGGCACCCCGCAUGCCGGUUCAAAUUUUGCCAUCCUUGCAAACUCCUGGGGCCGAUUCCUGUCCAAGGUCAGAUAUGAUGUCAGUCUGGAUCUGAUCAAGCUUCUCCGACCUCUCGCUGUCGAGGGAGGUGCCGCUCUCGAUGAUCUGGAAGAAGACUUUCAAUCAAUUCGGAGGGAAGAUUAUCUGAGUGAACUGAUUACUUAUUACUUUUGGGAAGGGAAGAAAGUUAAGAUCUACGUAAGUAUCGUUUUUGGGCAUCCGCAUCAAUGGCAAUGUUUACUAACCGAUCUCGUAUUAUGGCUGGGGCGACAGGGCUUUAGAACAGUGGUAGGCGUGAACCCCCCUCCCCAAAUCCAUUGCUCAUCGUGCUUGAACUGA